AGCAGAGCGCGGGGCUGUUCACGGCCGAGGCGGACGCGGGCGAGGUCGCGGCGCCGCGGGGCGAGCUCGCCGCGUACCAUACCGCGCUGGCCAUCGUGAACCACCCGGACAUCGUCCACGGCGCCCUCGCGGAGGAGGAGCGGCUCUUCGACGACGGCGGCGACGACGACGGCGCCGCGGACGCGCUCGCGGGCGGUUUGGGCGCCGCGCCGCCGGCGAAGCGCGCGCGGCCCGAGGCUACCGGCUGGCGCGCGCCCGAGGUCGUCGCGCGCGAGGCGUCGCGCGCGGCGGCGCAGAAGGCCCGCGACGACGCGCGCCGCGAGAAGCAGGCGAAAAAGUUCCGCCAGCAGGCCUUCGACGACGACGCGGACUGCGGCGAGUGGAGCGGCUUCGGCGGGUCGCUCCGGUCCUGGGCGCGGCCCGUGUUCCAGGACGGCGACCGGGCCGCCUACGACACGGACGUCGCGGCCCACUCGGGCAAGGCCGCCGUCGCGCUCGCGGUCAUGGCCGCCGCGAAGCGCCGCCGCGAGCGAGUCAUCGUCUUCACGCAGACGCUGGGCACGCUCGCGGUGCUCGAGCGCCUCAUCGACGCGUCCAACGCCGCCGCCGACAGCGGGGCGAAGCUCCGCUACGCGCGCAUCGACGGCGCGACGCCCGCGGCGCAGCGGAAGCGGCGGCCGCGGCCGCCGGAGCGCGCGGUGACGCCGCCGCCCGCGGGCGGCCGCCUCGGCGGCGGCGGCGACGGCUGCGACGUGCUGCUCAUGUCCAUCAAGGCCGGCGGCGAGGGCAUCAACCUGACGGGCGCGAACCGCGUCGUCCUCUUCGACGUCUGCUGGAACCCGUGCUUCGACCGCCAGGCCAUGUGCCGCGCGCACCGCUUCGGCCAGAAGCGGCCCGUCUUCGUCUACCGCCUCGUCGCGCCCCGGGGCACCAUGGAGGCCAAGGUGCUGCGCCAGCAGCGGCGCAAGGAGCUUUUAGUACGCGAGGUCGUCGAGCGCCAGGCGCCGUCGGACGCGCGCUUCGCGCUCCGGCCCGUCUUCGGGCCCGGCGCGCCCGAGCCGCCGGCCGGCGGCGGCCUAUGCGCGGACCCGCUCCUGCGGGACGUCGUCGACGCCCUGGGGGCCGACCACGUGGCCGCCGUCCACGAGGACCCGCUGCCGACGCUGGGCCGCGGCGCCGCGCCCGCGGAGCCCGGCGCGGCCGCGCUCUCGGCCGGCGACAAGGCCGCGGCCGUCGACGAGUACCGCGCGUUCUGCGAGCGCGCCAGCGCGCCGCUCUAGGGGAGAGAAACCCCGCGAGCGCGGCGCGCGUCUAGCGACACAUAUUACAACACAGUUCACUCGG